AUGCUCUUUGAGGGCUUGGAGCUGGUGUCGGCGCUGGCCACCCUCGCCGCGUGCCUGGUGUCCGUGACGCUGCUGCUGGCCGUGUCGCAGCAGCUGUGGCAGCUGCGCUGGGCUGCUACCCGCGACAAGAGCUGCAAGCUGCCCAUCCCCAAGGGCUCCAUGGGCUUCCCGCUCAUCGGAGAGACCGGCCACUGGCUGUUACAGGGCUCGGGCUUCCAGUCAUCCCGAAGGGAGAAGUAUGGAAACGUGUUCAAGACACACUUGCUGGGGCGCCCGCUGAUCCGGGUGACCGGUGCAGAGAACGUACGCAAGAUCCUCAUGGGAGAGCACCACCUCGUGAGCACCGAGUGGCCGCGCAGCACGCGUAUGCUGCUGGGCCCUAACACGGUGGCCAACUCCAUUGGCGACAUUCACCGCAACAAGCGCAAGAUCUUCUCCAAGAUCUUCAGCCAUGAGGCCCUGGAGAGCUACCUGCCCAAGAUCCAGCUGGUGAUUCAGGACACGCUGCGUGCCUGGAGCAGCCAGCCUGAGGCCAUCAAUGUGUACCAGGAGGCGCAGAAGCUCACCUUCCGCAUGGCCAUCCGGGUGCUGCUGGGCUUCAGCAUCCCUGAGGAGGACCUUGGGCACCUCUUUGAGGUCUACCAGCAAUUUGUAGAGAAUGUCUUCUCCCUGCCUGUUGACUUGCCCUUCAGUGGCUACCGGCGGGGCAUUCAGGCUCGGCAGAUCCUACAGAAGGGGCUGGAAAAGGCCAUCAGGGAGAAGCUUCAGUGCACCCAGGGCAAGGACUACUCGGAUGCCCUGGACAUCCUCAUCGAGAGCAGCAAGGAGCACGGGAAGGAGAUGACCAUGCAGGAGCUGAAGGAUGGGACCCUGGAGCUGAUCUUCGCGGCCUAUGCCACCACGGCCAGUGCCAGUACCUCACUUAUCAUGCAGCUGCUGAAGCACCCUGCCGUCCUGGAGAAGCUGCGGGAGGAGCUGCGGGCCCAGGGCAUCCUGCACAGUGGCGGCUGCCUCUGUGAGGGCACCCUGCGCCUGGACACGCUCAGCGGGCUGCGCUACCUGGACUGUGUCAUCAAGGAGGUCAUGCGUCUGUUCACGCCCAUUUCUGGCGGCUACCGCACCGUGCUCCAGACCUUCGAGCUAGAUGGCUUCCAGAUUCCCAAAGGCUGGAGUGUUAUGUACAGCAUCCGGGAUACCCAUGACACGGCACCUGUGUUCAAAGACGUGAACGUGUUUGACCCCGACCGCUUCAGUCAGGCGCGAAGUGAGGACAAGGAUGGCCGCUUCCAUUACCUCCCAUUUGGUGGCGGGGUCCGGACCUGCCUGGGCAAGCACCUGGCCAAGCUGUUCCUGAAGGUGCUGGCGGUGGAGCUGGCCAGCACCAGCCGCUUUGAGCUGGCCACCCGGACCUUCCCCCGCAUCACCUUAGUCCCUGUCCUGCACCCCGUGGAUGGCCUCAGUGUCAAGUUCUUUGGCCUGGACUCCAACCAGAACAAGAUUCUGCCCGAGACGGAGGCUAUGCUGAGUGCCACCGUCUAGCAGAGCUCAGGCCCAUGCGCACCUCCACCCAACUCAGCAGAGGGGGUGGGGUGACAGAAGUAGAAACCUGUGUGUAGGAGGGGGCUGGAACCUGGGAGGGCCAGUGGCCCCCAUACUUGUCCUCCCCCAGGCACCUCUCCUUGGAAAACCCUACCGAAAGCCA